AUGUCCGGGAAAAGUUCCACUUUGGACUUAAAAUCCAAUUCCGGGGAUUCGGCACAGGGUGACAUGGGCCCCAAAGUCUCAUUUUUGGACUGGAAAAUGAAAAAAGAAAAGGAGGCUGCAGCAAAUAAGCCACAGGAAAACAAUAAGAAGAUCAAUGCUAGGACUAACAAAUUGUCGGCACCGCCACCACCCCCACCCUUAAUUGCUAGUAACUUGUACAACAAUAAUUGUGGACCGAAUCAACGGUCAAAUUCCAGCCUAUGGAGUUUCCUUGAGAAUGGCUCCCACAAUAGGAACGCCGCUAAUAACAACUUUGGGAAUAGUGCAAUGAAUUUCAAUGGAAACAACUUUGGAAAUAAUGGUUACAGCAGUGCAAUGAAUUUUAAUGGAAACAACUUUGGUUACAACAACAACAAUAACGCAAUGAACUUUAAUGGUAAUAAUUUAGGAAACAACUACAACCAAAUUAACUUUAAUAGAGGAAUGGCCAAUUGUAAUGGCCCAUUUAACAAUAAUGGUAUGAACCUUAAUGGUGGAAACUUUAAUUUUUCCAAUGGUCCGCAAAAUAAUAGAAACAGCUUUAGUGGACAACAAGGGUACUCCAACAGGUCGGGUGGAACCAAUGGAUUCAACUCAUCAAAGUACAAAAAUUCAUCCGAUGAGUUUUUCAAAACAGACACUUUAUUUAGGCAGAAGGAUAUGAUAGAGGAAACUAUACAAAUGAAUCCAUUCCGCAAUAAUCCGAGAGCUAAAAAACUGCUGGAAGAAUUUAAACAAUCUGUUACCCAGCCAACGACUUCAAACAAAAAUAAAACCAAACCUGCGAAGAAAGAAAGUGAAAUUAAGAAGUCCACUACUACUAGCACUACUAUACCCCCUGCAACAGAUUCGGAUAAAAAAUUGGAACCAGAAGUGUAUGUUAAAAAUCCCAGGAAUGAGCCCAAUAAACCGUACAUACCGUUGCCAAGGCCACCGGAUCUAAAUACUUGCACACCGCAAGAAAGAAAACAGAUGUGGAAGGAGUACAACCAGGCCAUAAAGCCAUACAAAAAUAGGGAAUUUUAUAACGCUAAGCGGGUCGUCCAGAGGUUGGGCAAGAAAGAUCCAAGCGAAUUAGACGAAAAAGAUCGCCUACGUUUGGAGGCUGCCAGAGAAAGAAUGGCUGCCCAUAAAAAGAGACUGGAGGAGAAGUAUGGAAAACAGUCUUCGAGUAGCACGACCUCGGAAUCGUGGGUAUUACAAGGCACCGCUGACGAAACGUCUAAAUAUGCGCCGUACGUUAACUAUGGAAAUUUUGGAACCUUUGGUGACGCCUCAUCAGCUGAUCCUAAAACUACACCCGAACCUGAUAACACAUGGGGAAGAAAGAUAUUGGGUGGAGCGUCAAAAUACGGGUAUUUUGUGUCGGGCGGUGUAAUGCAUUCUGUACAACCAUCUCAAACCGAACAUGUAACAUCGUAA